AUGGCGUCCAAGUUGUCCCUCGAUGGUGGCAUCGCGUUUGGUGGCCGGGGCAAAGAGACUGCUCUCUCCUUUGCGGAGGCCGGUGUCGAAGCUGUCGUCUGCGCGGACCUCAAUGAAGAAGGCGCAAAGCAAGUUGUUGAAGAGAGCAAGAGAUAUGCCAAACAUGCAGGGUUUCGAGCCAUUGCAGUCAGGUUGGACAUCGCCGACGAGGAGAGUGUGAAGAGCCUUAUUGCCAUGACAGUCCAAGAGUUCGGACGCAUCGAUUUCGCAGUCAACAGUGCAGGGGUCCCUUAA